AUGUCACAAAUAUCAAAUGAAAAUGAGAGUGAGAAUGAAAAUUUGGGAACUAUUGAAACAUAUCGUUCACCAUCAAUACGUACAUUGGAAAAUGAAGAAUUAGAAGACUGUGUUUUAGCAAAAUUUAAAAACUUAGGUUCCCGUUUUCCUGAUAAUUCUGACAAAAAAAAUCUUGUUACAAUAGUAAAGAAGGGUAAACGUAAAGAAAGAUUAAAUAAAUUAAACGGUUUAGAUAAGGAACGACGUAAAAAGCAGAAUCAGCAGCAAACACCUUUGUUUUCUCAUUAUUUGGAAAAUGUAAAUGAUGUUGAUAUAUUGAUUAAAGUUCAGGAAAGAUUGAGAAUUAAACAUGAUGCUCCAAAGAAAAAUAAAAAUGUUAAAAUACAAGAUUGUAAGCAAAAUGAUGAUGAACAAGAAUUUAACGUGAAUCACGAGAGUUCUUUUCAAAUGAAUGAUUAUGCAAAAAAUCAAAAGGAUUUUGACACUAAUAAACAACCAUUAUAUAGGUUACCAAGGUCUCAAUCACAGUUACCUAACGUCGCGUCAAGCGUUGCAGAUGAUAAUACGAGAGGAGUAUACAAUUUUGAAUAUUUACAAGAAAAUGAAGAGAUUAUACAAAAGUCAAAGAAAUACGGUUCACAAAAUCAUUCAUACGUGAAAUAUAAAGCAAAACUUCAAGACAAAGCUAGACUCAAAAUUCAGGGGACAAGGCUCAAUGAAGACACUAUAGAUGAUGAAUAUAAAGAGGUCAGAAAACAAAAGAGAAGAGAAAGAAUGGCGGAGAUUGCAAGAGAAUCAAGAAAUCUUUCAAUGAAUGUUUCGGAAGAAAAUGAUGAAAAUAUAGAAUACUGGGAAAAUUUGACACCAGAUAAUAUCGGAUGGAGUAAAUUUCUUUUAAUGUUAAAAGAAAAUGAUCAAUCGCGUGGGACUUUAAUCACCAGUAAAUCUUAUAAUUAUCAAGGGGAUGUUUCAAACGCUUUAGCAUCAGAACAAUCUUUUAACCAGAUUUUGAAAGAAAGAUAUAUAUUACAGCCUACUAUUGAUGAAAAUGAAGAGCUCCAAGUAGCUAAUGAUGGAGCAGCAAUUUUAACACAUCCUAGAGAGAAUGAAGCUGAGUCAGCAGGAACUAUUGAUUCACGGGGUCAAAAUUUAAAAAAAACUAAAUCGUUACAGGAUCAAAAACCGUUAUCUUUACAGAACGAUGGUCAGUCAACAUUACAUACUACUCGACAAUCAUUUCAGCCGAAACCUCAAAUUCCUUUAGAUUUUAAAACCAAUCUUCAAUCUAAAACAGAACAAUCGAAUCAACCAGAUCUUGUCCCACAAUCAUUAUAUCAUAAGUUUUCAUCUAAUCACCUUAAAUUACCGAAAAAAAUACAGGAAGCAAAUUCAAUAUCAAAGCCCUUAUUAGAAAAACCAACACAGUCUUUACACUUAGAAGAGACAUUAUCAAGACAAAACUAUAUUCCUCAAUCAAUUGCAAAAGUUCAGACCUGGUUAGAACAAUCCGAAGAAUUUGAUGAACCUGAAAAAAUCAAAAGUGUGGAAAGUUGUUCACAAAUUCCAUCAAAUGAUACAGAUGGAGAUGAUUCAAGUUCUGAAGACAUUUCAUCUGAUGAUGAUGAUUCAGCAAAUAAUAGCUCAAAGAAAUUACUAGAUUUAUUAUCAAAGAUUCGGUCAACAAAAAAGAAAAUAGAAUCUCGGGAUAAAGUCUCAUUGGAGCGUCAUCAAACUUUGGAAGCUAUGCAAAAAAUAGUUACUGAUUUGAUUGAAAAGUAUGAAGUAAUCUCGGUGCAUGGAAAGAAGGUGAAAAAUGGGAAAAAACUUGUUAGAGAGCUGUUGGAUACUAUAACAGGAAAACAUACGAGAGAUAUAAUUGAUGCUUUAAGUCUAUCUCUGGAUCGGCCACCUAACGACUUUAACGCUACAAGUAAUUCUCUUGAUGCUCUUUUGAAGCAACUUCAGAAAGCUAUUGAAGGGUUUCAAAGAGUUGAAGGACAAUUAACUAGGAAGGAAAAGCGAUUAGAAAUUGCGCUGGAGGUCGCUCAAGAUUUAGUUGAUAAGAGAUUAGACUUAAUUAAUUGGGAGCGAAGGUUAAAAAAACAGGAACAAUCUAUUAAUGAUAUUGCAAGUCGUGUUGGUAGAUCAGGGAAUUCAAAUGAGAUUAAUCACCAAAAUGAUGGGUCAGGAUAUUUUGGAAGUGUCUUGGAAUCAUUGUUCGGGAAAAACGAUAGUGGAAUGGAAAAUAUGAUUAAAUCUCGUGAAGAUGCAAGUUUAGUAUCGCAACAUAGUGUUUAUACGGAAGAGGAUUGGGAAAAGAUAUUUGUUCGCUUAACUCCAGAAAGUGAGAAAAAUGAAUUCAUUAGUGACAAUGAAUUCGAUGGACAAAAUUAUAAUGACUUUAGUACUUUUCAAUUUGCGCAAAAACAACAAUGUAAAAAUGAAGAUUUGAAUAAGGUUCAAGAUGUUAAGAACGACACAACAACACAAUUGCCAUUUGAUGUCAAUCAAAUGACAUCUAUUUCUCAAAUGGAUGAAUAUUUGCUGUUAUUAGCAGGACAAGAGAAUAUGAAAGAUUAUUUAAAUCAGAUAGGUGACCACCAACAAAAUAUUAAAGACUAUUUAUCAAAAGUUGAUCAUAGUUACAGUUCAGCAAUUAAUGCUGAAUGCUUUAGAACAAAUGUACCUACUGAAGAGGGCAAGAAUUUUAUAUCGAAAACAAAAUUUGAAGAUGUAAAGAAUAAUAAAUUAGACAAAGAAAUAGUUUCGGAUUCGGAUCAGGAAGAAUUGACGUCAAAAUUUAACGGUUCAAAUUUCUUAGAUAAAAACUUAGCGAGGUCAAAAUCCAUUAGUCGUGUCAGUAAAAUCAGCACAUGUGCUGAAACUCCUACAACAGAAAGUUUAGCUUGCUUUGCUGAUGUUUUACAAAAUAAAAGUCAUCAAAGGCCCUCCUCAAGCUGGGUAAAUGAUGAUCAAGGUAACAAAGCCAAUACGUUCAAUGGCGAUUUCUUUAUUAAUGCUGAAAGAAAACUUGGAGGAAUUUUUGCAGAUUUAUCUCAAACAAGUUCUGAGAAGGAUUUUGAAUUUCCUCAGACAAAAGUUGAUAGCAUUACACAUAAUAAUAUUGGCACAGAACUAAAUUUUAAUUUAACUAAUAUUGGUAUUAUGAAACCAGAUCAUAUUAAUAUUUCAACAUCAGAAAAAUUUAGUCCUCUUGGUUUAAGAGAUAGUGUUGGUAGAUUGUUCCCUGUUCAUGUUAUACCACAAAUCCCGGAAAAUACGCAAAAUGAUCCUAUUUUUGAAUCACCAGUUUCUAUGAAUAGCAAAAUAGCUCAAAAAGAGCUAGAAAUUCCUAAUUUUAACAUUGAAGGUACUCAAGAAAAAGAAAAAAAUAAUUUUUUAGAAUCUAGUGAUAACGUAAACAAUAAUAAUGAAAGUGGAUUGGAUUUUUCGGAGAUUGUUAAUAGUUUACCGGGAUGGAAAUCUUUUGUUUCUUUGUUAUUUCGAAAGAUUCUUACCUAUUUUGGAAAUUUUUUAAAUUUACUCCUAUCAAGUUGUGGUCGAUCAGAUAAACGUCGACCGAAUUUUCAAGAUCUGAAUCCAUUGAAUAAGAAAACUUUUCCCACCAAGAUGACCAACGCUGAUUUUUCAGAUACAAGUAUGAAUACAUAUACGAAUAUGUACAUUUUCAGUGAAGCCGACGGAAAUGAUGGUUUUAUAGAUAUUGAUGAGGAAGUAUAA